CCCAACGCACCCAACGCACCCAACGCACCCAAACUUGGAUCAUCAGCUCGAGCCAAUACACCCGCCAGUCUCCCCACAAUUUACCAUCGCAAUGUCCUUCCACACCAGCUCCGCUUCCAUGCCAAAGUCCUCGCUCUCCUUCCAGAACUACUUCGACUUUGAUCUGGCUUCAGCCAGCCUGCCCCGCAACGACUCGUUCCAGAUCGACAUGUCGUGCCCCAGCCCUCCGCCUUCUCCCAUCUGCAACGCCGACGGCGACUGCCCCAUGCCCAGCAUCUUCCUGGACGAGUGCAUGCGCACGCCCGAGGCCCUCUAUGCCGCCCCCGAAAUCCUGCCCAUGUGCGUCGACGGCCUCUUCGGCCCAUGCCACGACUCGGCCGCCCCGGAUACUCCCGACAGCGAAAUGAUGACCGACAUGGCUCCCUCGUCUCCGUCGUCUCCCUCGGUCGCUUCGCCUCUGCAGGCUUGCGUCUCGUCGCUCUUUGACUUUUCCGAUAUCCUGGAGCACUCUCCUGAGCCCUCCACGCCCACCACCGAUGCCGCCACGGACAUGCUGUCGCCGCUCUCGAGCCCGCCUGCCAAUCUCUUUGCCGACCAGGCUGCCUUUGGCUGCCACCCCUCCGGCCUGGACUUUAGCGCUGCUCUUCUGGCACACAUGCAGCUCCAUCCUGCCAACGCCUUUGCCUUCGCCGGCCUCCAGCCUGUCCUGCCCCUGCCCGCAUCUCCGGCGUCGCCGCUGCCCUCGCUCUUUGGCGGCCUCGUUCUGCCCGACGGGUUCGUCCUGCCCAGGCCCACCGAGGCUACCUCGAUCGAGUCCGAUAUGAUCACCAACCUUGUCCAGCGCGACCCCGUCACCAAAAAGUACAACUGCCCGCAUCCCGACUGCCAGAACGGCUUCACCCGCCGAUACAACCUGAAGGUGCACUACUCGGCAACGCACGUCAAGCUCAAGAACUUCCAGUGCCCUGCGUGCUGCAAGGCCUUUGCCCGCAAGGGUGAUCUGCAACGACAUUGCGCGCUGAAGCACAAGGACUGCGUCGUGGACUUUUCGGCAGAGGAGCUGCACUAAGUGUCCCUUUCUUUCCUACCUGGGCCGCUUUAGUGCUGCUGCUGGCGAGUAGCCACCUGCCCUUGUAUUUUUUUUGGAGUUGCUGGUGAUGUCGUUUGCCAUCUCCACCUGCCUGUCUAUCAUACCAAGGCAGCGAGCGCAUUGGCUACCUGUGCCCUCCUGCUCUGUGUCCAUCCUCACAGCUCCUCCUGUAUCAUUCCACCUCCCCCUGUCGAGAAAAGCGGCAUCAAAGAUGCUCACUCUUGCCUCACAGUCCUGUCCCUUAAUGCGGACAUGCUAUAUCAAUAUACAGUCUAUCCAGAACGAAA